AUGUUGCGGCCAGUUGAAAAGAAAUUUGGAGGAAUGUUUGGGAAUCUGGGGGUUUGUCUGAAAGACAAUUUCUAUAAAAUCAGAGGAGUUAUUGAAGAACAAUGGCUCCAACAUGUUUCCCAUGGAAACAAUGAGAAGGGAACUCGAACUUACCAAGUUUGGCCAGGGAACAAUGUAUUUUUCUUCCAUGGUCGACUGGUAUGCGGUCCAGAUCCAAGGGGGUUGCUCCUCACAUCAGUUUCUAUACUUGUUUCAAGUUGGAUUUUUACCAUUUACAUUGGAUAUGAUUUACCAAAUACUAAUUCCACUCUUGUUGUCACUAUAUGUUUGAUUCUAACUAUAAUGGUUAUUGUCAACUUGAUUCUGGUUACUGCAAUUGACCCUGGAAUCAUUCCUAGAAGUACUGAACAAUCAUCUGUUACAGAUUUUGGUACCAGUAAUGGGACUAGGAGGAAGAAGGUAACUGUUAAUGGGGUGCAAGUAAAACUAAAAUAUUGUCGGAUUUGUAGGAUUUUUAGGCCACCAAGGAGUUGCCAUUGCGCCAUAUGUGACAAUUGUGUUGAAAAAUUUGAUCACCACUGUCCAUGGAUUGGUCAGUGUAUUGCACUGAGAAACUAUCGAUUCUAUUUGACAUUUUUGAUAACAGCACUAGUCUUCUUUAUCUAUAUAUUUGCUUUCUGUUGCUGGAGGAUCCACCAAAGAAUGUUGGAAAGUGGUACUGGAUUGUUUGGAAUGCUCAAGAACUGCCCUGAAACCUUAGCAUUGACGUUGUUUAGCUUUGCGGCCUUUUCGUUUGUAGGUGGCCUUGCCAUCUUCCACUCCUAUUUAAUUGCAAUAAAUCAGACAGCUUAUGAGAAUUUUCGGUGCCGCUACCAGGGAUCUCCAAAUCCAUAUGACAAAGGAAUAAUAAGUAACAUUAAGAAGGUGUUAUUUGCACCUUUACCACCUUCCAGAGUUGAUUUUAGGGCUGAAGUAAUGCCAAGGGGGAACAUGGAAGAUGAGAUGCCAGUCUGAGGUGAAAUAUUUGUAAAUGAAGUGGAUAUUUAUGCAGAUAGGAAAGUAGGUGAUCCUAAUUAUUCUUCACUCUUUCAACCAUAAAUGUAAUAUUCACCAUUAUUUUCCUGAAGAAAGUUGUAUCCUUGAAUGGACAAGUACCAUUUUGCAAAUAAAAACCGAAAUUUCAAGGAAAUAUGCGGAUAAAGAUUUAUGUGUGCAUGUGUUAAAUAUGGCACCUUGGUCCCUUUUACAGCUAACCUGGCCUUACAUGUCAAAAGCCGAAACCCUGAACAAUAUAUAUAAUAUAUGAAAGCAAACAUCAAUGUGACUCGAGAUGGAAUACUUUUCAAAGCCGUUAUAUAUAUCGAUACUUCCAUUAAUCAAGUGGAUGGAGCUGGUUCCUUUGUUAACUAAAUGUCAGAGACCAGAUGACAUAUGAAGUCACAUAUGGACAGGGAAUAGUGGGUGUAUUUGAGAUAGCUGCUUGAGAUGGGCAUCAA